AUGUCGUCGACGGAGCUGCAGAUUUCGCCGGCGAUUCAGGACCCGCAGGGGCAAGAGAAGCAGCAGCAAGCCGCAGGAGUAGGGAUUUUGCUUCAGAUCAUGAUGCUUGUCCUCUCUUUCGUACUCGGUCACGUCCUUCGCCGUCAUAAGUUCUAUUAUCUUCCCGAAGCUAGUGCUUCCCUUCUCAUUGGGUUGAUCGUUGGUGGUUUAGCAAACGUAUCGAACACGGAAACUAGCAUAAGGACGUGGUUCAAUUUCCAUGAUGAGUUCUUCUUUCUGUUUCUGCUGCCUCCCAUUAUAUUAUAUCCUUUAUUUGAGUUUGCAUCAUAUAUUAAACCUUUCUUUUCAAACUUUGGAGCCAUUGUCACUUUUUCUGUACUUGGAACUUUUGUGGCUUCCAUUGUUACUGGCGUGUUAGUGUAUGUAUCUAUGUCAUGUGAAUGUCUUCUGUUUUUUGACUGUAAAGGUCCCCUUCUAAGCUCUUUUUCUAUUGAAAGGUACCUUGGCGGCGUGAUGUUUCUCAUGUACAGACUUCCAUUCGUUGAGUGUCUCAUGUUUGGCUCUCUUAUCUCUGCCACUGAUCCUGUCACUGUCUUGUCUAUAUUUCAGGAACUUGGAUCUGAUGUAAAUCUGUAUGCCCUGGUGUUUGGAGAAUCAGUCUUAAAUGAUGCUAUGGCCAUAUCUCUGUACAGGACAAUGUCCUUGGUAAGAAGUCACUCAACUGGUCAGAAUUUCUUUAUGGUGAUAGUCAGGUUUCUUGAAACCUUUGUCGGUUCAAUGUCUGCAGGUUUGCUUUUGUUAUCUGCUUCCUCUCUUUUUUGUCUAUAUUAUUCAUUUAUUCUGCAGAACCUGGAGUGCUGCCUCUUUGUGCUUUUUCCAUAUUUCUCAUACAUGCUUGCUGAAGGUCUCAGUUUGUCUGGCAUCGUAUCGAUUCUAUUUACUGGGAUUGUCAUGAAGCAUUAUACCUUCUCAAACUUGUCUGCAAAUUCUCAGCGAUUUGUGUCUGCAUUUUUUCAUCUGAUAUCUUCCCUGGCAGAGACAUUUGUGUUCAUCUACAUGGGUUUUGAUAUUGCCAUGGAAAAGCACAGUUGGUCGCACGUGGGAUUCAUCUUUUUCUCGAUUGUAUCCUUUUACGCAAGUUCUUUUGCUAAUGUGUUUGGUUGUGGAUAUCUGGUCAACUUAGCACGACCAGCACAUAGGAAAAUACCUAUGACGCAUCAAAAAGCACUAUGGUACAGUGGACUUCGAGGGGCUAUGGCUUUUGCUCUUGCUCUGCAAUCUGUUCACGAACUCCCAGAAGGACAUGGUCAAACUAUCUUCACAGCAACUACAGCCAUUGUUGUUGUAACGGUGUUGCUGAUUGGAGGAUCCACUGGUACAAUGCUUGAAGCCCUAGAGGUUGUAGGCGAUAGCCGUGAUACAUCCCUUGGUGAUGGCUUUGAAGUGGUGAACAAUCGUUAUAUGACUAGGUUUGAUGAUGAAGAUUCACCAUCAGGAAGUGGAUUCAAGACAAAACUAAGAGACUUCCAUAGGAGCGCUAAGUCAUUUUCAGAACUAGACAGGAACUAUCUAACACCGUUCUUCACAAGUAAUAACGGAGAUUAUGAUGAAGAAGACGAUAUUAACAAUGAUCAACAACAUCAUGAAGAACGAAUUCCUUUUACUAGAAGAGGGAGCUUUAAUAACCGGGGGCUAAAUUUCUGA